CCGCACUUCCGUUGCCCAUGACACCGGAGCGAAGUUCUGACAGCUGAUUUUCAAAUCAGUUUACAUCCACUCCGACGCCCCAGACGACCCGUUCUUGCGGUUAUUUGGAGUCGGACGUGGCCGCUGUGACUCCCCGCUGGACUCGCAGACGGCGCCUUGGACGGAGGAGUGCCGGUUAUGGUGUAGCACGGAGGGCUAGCUCUGAGACAGCAGGCUUUUGCAGCAGCAGUGCAGUUGAGUGCAGUGCUACGUGGGGCAGACAGAGGCAUAUCACAGCAGCGUCGCCAUGCUUACGUUGGCCAGUAAGUUGAAGAAGGAUGACGGAGGAAAGACGGGCCGUGCCUCCGGAGCCUCAGACUCCACCCACAGGGUCUCCAUCAGGGAUCGCCUCCUAACCAAAGAAGUUGCAGAACUUGAAGCCAAUCUCCCUAGUACAUGCAAAGCCAAUUUCCCAGAUGAGGAUAAACUGCAUCAUUUUCAGCUGGCAGUGUCUCCCGAUGAGGGUUACUACCAGAGUGGAAGGUUUCAGUUUGAAAUAGAUGUACCCGAAGCCUAUAACAUGGUGCCUCCUAAAGUACGAUGUCUGACCAGAAUAUGGCAUCCCAAUAUCACAGAGAAUGGAGAGAUCUGUUUGAGCUUAUUGCGUGAGCACUCUAUUGAUGGCACAGGCUGGGCCCCCACCAGAACAUUAAAGGACGUGGUCUGGGGAUUGAACUCCUUGUUUACUGACCUGCUGAACUUUGAUGACCCGCUGAACAUCGACGCAGCAGAACAUCAUCUGCGAGACAAGGAGGAUUUUCGGAAUAAGGUUCAAGAUUACAUCAAGCACUACGCCAGAUGAUAGAAGCACCGGCUCCCUCCAGCAGCCUGCACCAACCAACCAAACUGCUCUACCUUGCCUCCGCUUACCUUGGCCAGCUUCCCCACACGUGUGAAUCAGCAGCUGACUCUUUGGCUCUUCCCAGUGCCCCCCCCCUCCCCUCCCACCUCCCUUGACGACCACGGCCCUGCCUAUGCCUCCCCUGUCCAUUCACCCAGUUGCAAUAAACCUCACAUUGCAGGAAUGAGAAAAAGAAAAAAGAAAAGAAAAAAUAACAAGUUAAAGGAAAGACUUGCAUUCAAAGGAAAAUAUGCUUUAAGUAUCCUAAACGGUUGAGUGUUACAGUAACCACAGCGUCAGUCAACUGUGACUGAGUUCUAUGAAUGACUCCACCUCGCCUGUCGGGAGCGAGCCGCGGCGAAGGGCGGCGAGGACUCGACGUCACGAUUUUCGCCGAAGAAGACAUGGAAUCGCACUUAGCUGUUUUCAAAUUCGAAGAAUCGAGAGACAGGAUAUCUGUUACUUUCAGUCCUCUGUUCCAGUGCCUGCCAUGUUUGUGUCGCUAACGAGAAAAUGCAUGUGAGUUCGUACACGCAAACACUGUGUCACAUCCUGUCGUAAAAAAAAAAAAGCGAAAACACGUAUGCACGCGCACACGCGCGGCGCCCGUACAUACUUGAGUCGGGAAGACUGCGGCCCCAUUAGACGGCAUGUGAAUGAGCACACGGCCCCUUUUCUGUUUGUCUCUGCAUGUGCGCACACACAAACACUCCAGGGAAAAGUACUGCCACUAAAACCACAGCCAAAUCUCUCUGCGCUCCCAUUCUUCUCUUUUUAGUCACGUGUAGUUUUUUGUGUCCAAGAUGGUGAGGUACAUUCACAAGUACAGCGCAGUUAAUAAGAAAUCAGACACGUUCUUGAUAUGUUGGUUCUGCAUUUAGGCGCACUGGUUUAAAAUAAAACAACAACAUGGACUAAAUUUGAUUUGAAGCCCACAACAAAUAAAAGGCGCGUAAAACAUGUGAUAAUUAAUAUUUUCUUUACAAAACUAGCUGGUGAGCCCAGUCUAGUGUGAGAUAGAAUUAAAUUAAAAACAAGUGUGUGGCUCCCAGACAGUGGACUAUUGGCUUUGUCCCUGGUCUUUGAGGGUGACGGCUCAGAUGACAGUGUCUGUAUUGGAUAAUAGAGGUGAACCUCCUGCCUUUGUUUUAUUUUAUUGUCAUGUGCAAUGUGCAGAGCCGACCGACAUAUCACAGCACCCAGAUUUUACCGCUAGAUUAUACAAAGCGUCUCGUUCUGCCGAGAUCAGGAGAGACGCUACUCUAGUUUCUCUUUCUUUGCGCGCGGACUGUAUGAUUCCGCCGUCCAAAUGUGUGUGGGAAAGACGAUAGCAGAGGUUCAUAAAUACAGACGUCACGCUAACUGCACUGUUGUAGUCACCAGCGGGCUAGUGAGGGAAAACGCUGGAAGUGUGGUUCUCAUUGAGCGGAAGACACCAUUUAAGCUAAGCCACAGUUCAAAAAACUUUUCAUAACACUGGAGAUGCUGCCCUUGUUGAGCGCUAGACAGGUUUGGUUGAAAAUAAGGCGAUAUUGCUCACUCAGUGAGGAGUUAGCACGGUUAGCUAAUAGCUAAAGUGCUUGUUAGCGACAAAAGCCAUAACGAGGACCGCGUGACCAGCGAUAUUGUCGAGUGGCUGUUGAGGUGUUGCCCAUGCGCUUAUUGACGAUGUGUCGCGCCAUCAAAUGUAUAAAACUUAACAGUCGAAACAAACGCGUGGUUGAUGGGUUGGUUGACACGGCACUGAAGCACUGAAAAAAAAGUUGACCUCACCUUUGACGACAAGAGUCACGCGUCAGUUUAACGCUCCGCUUUAACAGCACCAGUGUGAACACAGCGGCACUCAGCCGAGAUCAGGUGAAGCGACGCGCUGUGCAACUCUGAGCUAAUCACAUGCGGAAAUGUCCGCACGACUCGGGCCGCUGAUUGUUCUUCGUUUGUGUGUUUGUGUCAGAGAGAGAGAUUAAAGUCUCGAUAGACUGUGUCACUCAGUUAGCCAGUGACUGUGCAGAGUUGGUAUGUUUCUGAAUGGGUUCGGCCCCGGCCUGGAUAGCUGCCUGGCUGGCGCUGAGCCUCCAGUGUGACUCAUGUGUGUGAAAGGUUCCAGCUCCCGUCUCCAUUCAGCUUUGUGUUCGCGCGUCUGCAUGAGGCGAAAAGUCUACGUGAUCUGCCGGUGGUGCGUUUUACUAAGGGUGUAGAAAUGUAUUCGAUGAAGACUGACAUGUUGUUUGAAGUGUGCGUAAGUGUGUGUGUAAAAAAUUGACAUUUUGUGCUUGUGGAGCGUGCGCGCGCGUGUGUGUGUGUGUGUGAGCAGUUAUGACACGUGGAGACGAUGUGACUUGUUAGCAUGCUCUGGUUUCCCCUCUUUCAUUUUCUUACUCUGGUCCCGGGGUCAACGGCUCCAAUUCAUUUUAUUUUCUGUACGUGGGCAAACAGAUGACGCUGGUCUCUGCCAAAAUAAAGAACUCGAGAGAAUGGAGAAGAGAGAAAAAAAAACACAGGUUUAUUGAAAGUGAAGGGGUGUUCCUCUGCGUCUGUCAGCCCAUGAUGUGAAGCCACCCUGUGUAAUUGCUGUGACAGAUGAUUGUCACGGUAGUGUUUGCCUCCAAGAUAUGAUACUUAAUCUUAGCCUUACUAAUACUCAGACUUUAGCUUCCUGUCACAGACCUUGUUGUCACAGCCUUUAGUUUGGCAGGCAGCAGUGUUUUAUUCCCGGGAUGUUUUUUUGGAAAUGUCUCUGCUUGGGUUUAACUCCAUCUUUGGGCCAGAGGGGAGAAGAUCAACAGCCCGUUCUUCUUCAAAUCCUCAACCUUUUCUUUCUCAGAUUGUAUAUCCAUUUUUUAAGAUAUAUUAAAGAGAAUAUAAAUCAAA